AUGGCUGCAUGGCUGUCCAGUAGACUGGUGAAGAGAAAAUGCAGCUCACUGCUGCCGUGCCCUAUCUCCCUGGCCCCAGUCUGCUCCAGAGGGGUGGCAAAGGUCUCCCCUGCCUCAGGGGCCCUCUCCACCAUCCAGGAAAAGCCUCGGACAGUGGAAGAUCUCCCACAUAUCAGCUUCUUGGAGUUUCUUUACAGAGUGGUGUUUCAGGGUUUCUACAAACAUAUGCAUGAGCUUCAGAUCUAUGAGAAGCAGCUGUAUGGGCCCAUUUACAGAGACGGACUCAGAUCAAUAUCCUUGAGCACCCCAGAGCUUUUGGCUGAGCUGCUGAGGAAGGAUGAGAAGUUCCCUUGCAGAGGAGACAUGAGUGUGUGGAGGGAAUAUCGUGACAUGAGAGGAUUCGGCUAUGGACCUUUUACAGAGGAUGGAGAGAGGUGGUACAAGCUGAGGGUGGUGCUUAACAAGCGGAUGCUGCAUCCGAAGGACUCGGCCCAGUAUUCUGGGAUUAUCAAUGAUGUGGUUAAAGACUUCACCAAGAAGAUGCGCAGUCUGCGCCAGUGCAGCCCAACGGGAGACUUUGUGACCAACAUUGCCAAUGAGCUUUAUCUGUUUUCACUAGAAGGAAUUGCCUCCAUAUUGUUUGAGACAAGGCUUGGUUGUCUGGAAGAGGAAAUUCCUGGUGGUACACAAGAUUUCAUCAAUUCCAUAGCCCAGAUGCUCUCCUACAACAUGAUUGUGUUUAUUCUUCCCAAGUGGAGCCGGAAUCUGCUGCCCUACUGGGGACGUUACAUUGCUGGCUGGGAGGGCAUCUUCAGCUUUGCCAAAACAUUGAUUGACAAGAAGUUGGAGAUGAUUCAGCAGCGGGUUGACAACAAGCAGGAUGUGGAGGGUGAAUACCUGACAUACCUACUCUCAAACACGCAGAUGAGCACUAAAGAUGUGUAUGGCAGCGUCACUGAGCUCCUCUUAGCUGGAGUGGACACGACCUCCAACACUCUCACGUGGGCUUUGCACGAGCUGUCCAAGAACCCUGAUAUCCAGGAAAGACUCUAUAAAGAAGUGUCCACUAUGGUACCAUUAGACCGGAUCCCCACCGCUGCCGACGUCACUGGCAUGCCGUACUUAAAGGCAGUUAUCAAAGAGACGCUGAGGAUGUAUCCUGUUGUUUCUAUGAAUGCGAGGAUCAUUGCAGAAAAGAAUGUUUCUAUUGGUGGAUAUGAGUUUCCAAAAAAAACGCCGUUCACCUUUUGUCACUAUGCCAUCAGCCAUGAUGAGGACACAUUCCCCAACUCAUUCACAUUUAAGCCAGAGCGAUGGCUUCGAGACGGCCGUGAGAGGCCAAACCCCUUUGGCUCCAUCCCGUUUGGCUUUGGAGUAAGAGGCUGUGUCGGUCGCAGGAUUGCUGAGCUCGAGAUGUAUCUGCUCCUGUUUCAACUUAUCAGGCAGUUUGAAAUCAAACCCGACCCCACACUGGGAGAGCUGAAAUCCAUCAACCGCACAGUUCUGAUACCAGACAAACAACUAAAUUUGCACUUUGUGGACAGAAGAUAAGAAAAGACAGCAGACUGAGUGAUGGUGGUUUGUAUUAAGUCAGUGAGAGGGGAGCAGAGGAUUUUAAACCUUUGUAAUCACUAAUUCAAAUGCUUAAACUCAUCCAAUUUUAAAUGUUGUAUCAUCAAAGUAAUGCUAUAAGAGUUCAACUUAACACUGUUCCUCUAUGUAUGUACUGCAGCAGUCAGCUUAUAGUUCUGUAUAUCCAUCCUCUCAUAAUCUCUUAGUGUACUUAGUGAUAUAAUAAUAAUUCUUUAUUUAAAACAGACAGUGCAGUUUAACAUAGUCCAAGUAUAAAACAUGAAACUGAUGUGCUGCACAUAACAUUAUAGCUAUAGCUAAUUUUCAACAAUUGUCCCUUGUUGGGCUUACAUUCACAAUACACAGAGUUAAAACAUACAUUUUCAUGAAACCAAAAUACACCAUGAAUACAGCUACAAUUAACAGACAAUGUAAAAACAAACAAACAAACCCCGCACAAAAAAAGAUUAAUUAAAAUCACUACAGCUCUGAUUUCCCUUUAACCAACUUUUAACCUUCAAUGUAAAGGAACUAAUAUCUGUAAUCAGUUUGAUAUCAGUUGGAAGUGUGUUCCACAGAUGGCAAGCCUUUAUGCAAAACGCUGAUUGUCCAAAUUUAGAUCUGCGAUAUGAUAUUUUGCAGUUGCCAUUCACUAUACUCCUAGUAAUGCGAUUACUAUCUUGUCUUUGGAUGCAUCUAUUAAGACACUCUGGGAACUGCCUAUUUAUACACUUGAAGGUUAAUUUAAGAAAACACAAAUGAUUGAAGCUCCUAAACUAAGUCAAUUAUAUUUCUUUAAAAUGUGACAAUGAUUCCACCGAACAGAUUUUUUAUCCAUUAUUUUCAAAGAUUGAUUAUAUAAGGAUGCUGAACUGUAGAUGGUGCUGCUUGAGUCCAAACUGUCAUAAAAUAUGAAAAAUGAGAGAAUAUCGUGGAAUGCAUAAAUAACUGAGGUGCUGAAGUGGGUAUGUAAUGCCGAGUUAACUUAAAACAAUUCAGAUUAACCUUAACCAUCUUUGAAAUCUUCUUUACAUGCUUAUCAAAUUUGAGAUGUGAAUCUAAAAUUAUUCCUAAAAACUUAAAAUCUUUAACCUCCUUUAUUUCUUCAUUCCUUAACUUGAUUUGAAAAUCAUCAGAUUAACUUUUUCUAAUAGAAAAACACAUCUAAACUGUUUUUUAAAAAUCAAUUCAAUAAAAGAUGAUUAUUGUAUAUAUAUAAUGCAAUGUAUGACAGGUUUUAUCCAUCCGUGCAGUUUAUUUAGUUUAUUCAGUUAUUGUCCUUGUCAGAGUUGAGCUGGGGAAUGGGGGACUGGAAGCUAUCCCAGCUACCACAGGGUGAGAGGCAGGGUACAUCCUGGACACAUCGCCAGUCUGUUGCAGGGCUAACACAGAGAAUCCAACAACCAUUCAUGCUCACAUUCACACCUAUGAGCAAUUUAGAAUCACCAGUCAACUUAACCCCACCAACUGCAUGCCAUUGAACUGUGGAAGGAAGCUGGAGUACCCAGAGAGAACCCACGCAAACACAGGGAGAACAUGCAACUCCACACAGAAAGGACUCCAGCCAGAUGGUAGAGUCGAACUCAGGACCUUUUUUUGCUGUGAGGCAACAGUGCUAACUUCAUGAAAACCUUUAACUGAGUUAACAAUUUUUGAAGGAAACUAAAAUGACUACAACAUUUUCUUUGUUAGAAGUUUGGAGAAAAAGGAGCAGCAUGUGCUGGAAAGUGGGACAAGACAAAAAGAACAAAGUGAGCAUGAGAGAGAGACAGAGAAAGAAAAAACGCUUUUUAAUCUCUAUAUCACCUUGUACCUAAGCCACAUGUCUGAAAGUACUAUGAAAGUAUGUUAUGAAACCCAUGGUACACCCAAAAGACUGAAUGAGGUGAACUGUUCAGUUUAUGUUAAUUGUUUAUCUUCAUUUUACUCAAAUUAUAUAUCUUUGUUAAGGUAAAAUAUGUUUUUCUGAUAAAGUCUAUGUAAUUGUGUCUGUUA